AUGUUUCCUAAACCAACGAUCGUCUUCAUCCAUGGAUCAUGGCAUAACCCAAGCACCUGGGACAAAGUUGCUCCUCCCCUCGAAGCUCAAGGCUACAAAUGUGUCUUAGUCUCUCUCCCUUCAGGUUCACCAACAACCACAGCAUCUACAACAUUCUUAGACGACCUUACCGCGGCCCGGAACGCAAUUAUUUCCGAGACAACACAAGGGCGUGAUGUUGUAGUUGUGGUACACUCAUACGGAGGAAUCGUAGGCGCUAGCGCCAUCAAAGACCUCGCCAAACCAAAAGAAAUCACACCAGAAAAUAAAUCUGGUCAUGUAAUCGGCCUAGCUCUGAUAGCAACCGGCUUCGCAGCGACCGGAAUGAGUUUCCUCGACCCCAUGGGCGGAACACCGCCACCCUUCUUCACACUCGAUCCAAGUGGCUUUGCCGUCCUAGCCGUGGACCCGAGAGAGUUCUUCUACCACGAUCUUUCCGAUGAAGAAGCAAAGUAUCGUGUGGGUAAGCUCGGAAAACAAGCCUUCGCGGCUUUGAAGGAUGGGGGAGAACAUGUUUAUUCGGGUUGGAAGGAUGUGCCGUGUUGGUUUUUGGCUACGGUUGAGGAUAGGGGUCUGCCGAUUGAGAUGCAGAGGAUGCUUGUUGGCAUGGCGAGGUCGGAGGGUGCUGAUAUUGUGUUGAGGGAGGUGCAGAGUAGUCAUUCGCCGUUUUUUAGUAGGUCGGAAGAGACUGUGGAGUUUUUGGUUGAUGCAGUUACCGCUUUUGCGAAAUGA